AUGAAUGAAACAGAUAGUGGCUCAUCUCAAUCAUCUGAACCUGAACUUUACCGUUAUUAUAUUAAAUUAUAUUUAUUUGGUUCACUAGAAGUUCCAUCAAUAUUAAUAUCAAUUUAUAUUUUAUUUAAAUUUAUUAAUAAUCGUCAAUUUCGUUCUCAUAUAAAUAAUCAUUCAAUAAUAUUAUUAAUUAUUGUUUCAUUUUUAAAUACAACAUCAGAAUUACCAAUAACACUUCAAUUUCUUCGUGUUGGUUAUAUUAAACCAAAUUCAAAUAUUUUUUGUUUAUUUUGGAUUUGGUAUAAUUUUUCUCUUCAAUCAACAAAUUUAGUUUUAAUGACAUGGAUUUCAUUUCAACGACAUAUAUUAAUAUUUCAUUCAAAUUGGACUCAAACUAAAAUUGGAAAACUAAAAUGUCAUUAUAUUCCAUUAAUUAUUUCUAUAACAUAUAUUCCAAUAUUUUAUUUUUCAUGUAUUAUUAUUUAUCAAUGUGAAAAUUUUUUCGAUUAUACAUCAUUUCUUUGUGGUCCAAUUUGUUAUAAUAGUAUUGCUUGGUUAUCAGCUUAUGAUUGGAUAACACAUAUGUUACUUCCAUCAUUAUUAAUACCAUUAGCAAGUAUUACUUUGUUAUUAAGAGUUUUAAUUCAAGCGAAGAAAAUGAAACGAACAUUAAAUUGGCGAUCAACAAGAAAAUUAACAUUACAAUUAAUGGCUAUUUCAAUUCUUUAUUUAUUAUUUUGGACUCCAUUGGCAUUAGUAUCACUAGUUCGUAUUUAUUUUAUUCCAACAUUUAUUGAUGAAAUAACUUAUUAUUAUUUAUAUUAUACACCAUAUUUUGUUCAACUUCUAAUGCCAUUUGUAUGUAUCGCUUGUUUACCAGAAAUAUGGCCAAAGAAAACUCGUGUUGUUCAUGCAUCAAUAAUAACACAAAAUAGAAUUUAA